AUGCAGAGGCCAACUAGUGGCCAAGGCGCUGCUUUCUCCAUCGACUCGCUGAUCGGNCCACCUGCCCCGCGCUCUGGCCCGCUGCUCUACACCGGCUACCCGAUGUUCAUGCCCUACCGCCCGCUGGUGCUGCCACACGGCCCGCUGCAAGCCGCCACCGGGCUGCCCCCGCUGGCCCCGCUGGCUUCCUUCGCCGGCCGCCUCACCAACUCCUUCUGCGCUAGUCUCGGCCAAGCCGUCCCGUCCAUGGUGGCGCUCACCACGGCCUUGCCAAGCUUCGGGGAGCCCCCAGACGGGUUCUACCCAUCUCAGGAACUGCCAGUCGCGGGGCGAAGUAGCACCGAGCCGCCCUGCCGCCGUCGCAGCGUGGCGGACGGUCUGGAAAAUGGUGAGCUGUCUCCCGCCCGGGACAAAGGACCUCUGGAGCCACCGCUGCACUUCCCGGAUCCCUUUCCUGGCCUGGCAGCUGCAGCCGCCCCCACAGAGCUCUUGUCCGAGGAGUGCCAAAAGACCUCUCCCGACUCUGGCGAAAGAGCUCUCUCGUGGGCCGGCGGGGCGCCAUUCGGAAAACCCCGGGAAGGAGGGGACGGAGCUGUCCCUGGUGCUGCGGAGCGGCCGAGCCGGGCUGUCCAUGCCAUCGGCCAAAGGAACCUCAGGGCGGAGGGCCAGGACAGCGGGCUUUUCACCAGGCUGCCUCGGACCCGCGGCCAGGUGCAGGUCAAGAUCUGGUUCCAGAACCGGCGCGCCCAGUGGAAGCGCAUCAAGGCCGGCAACGUCACGGGGCGCUCCGGCGAGCCCGUCCGGAACCCCAAGAUCGUGGUGCCCAUCCCUGUGCACGUCAACCGCUUCGCCAGCCGGCGGCGGCGCACGGCCUUCACCAGCGAGCAGCUGCUGGAGCUGGAGAAGGAGUUUCACUGCAAGAAGUACCUGAGCCUGACGGAGCGCUCGCAGAUCGCGCACGCGCUCAAACUCAGCGAGGUGCAGGUCAAGAUCUGGUUCCAGAACCGGCGCGCCAAGUGGAAGCGCAUCAAGGCCGGCAACGUCACGGGGCGCUCCGGCGAGCCCGUCCGGAACCCCAAGAUCGUGGUGCCCAUCCCUGUGCACGUCAACCGCUUCGCCGUGCGCAGCCAGCACCAGCAGCUGGAGCAGGGCCAGCUCGCCUCCCGCGGCGGCAGGAUCCUCACCAUGUGGGCCGACAGCGGCGGAUGUCCACCUCCCUCCGUGGCCGUGAGGAGAGGGACUAUCCCACCCACCGAGGAAUGGUUUGGGAAGCGGACAUUUCUGCCCCUGCCCCUUAGCUCUUACAGGGACGCUUUAUGUCCUGUCUAUUUUCUGAAAGACUUAUUCCAGUAG